CAAGCACUGUAAAAAACGCCAAUUCAAGUCAUAGCUAAUGCUGACGUCAUUGCACUCACAUCAUCGCACAGAGGAGUAUUUGCAUAGUCAAACCGGUCAAAAUUAUUUGAUGGCAGAUUCCACCACAACGGUCUCAGCCUUCCCAGAGAAGACAAAUUCGGUGCUAUCGAUUAACGAUUUUAAUUCACGCGCAAACCUUACAGAAAAAGUAAACAGAAACAAUGAAUACCUACCAUCGCAUUACCGCGACCAAGUCCACGGUCAGUCGACAAGCGGCGCAUUUAUG